AUGAGCAAAGCAGGCGCAUACGGCAGUUCUGGUGGCGGCGGCGACACCGACUUCCGCAAGACAUGGGACCGGGAAGAGAUGGCCGUGAAGGCCAAAGAGCGCGAGGCAAAAGAGCGCGAAGAGGCAAAGGAGCGCUACGAAGCCAAAGCAGCGGGCAAGACCUACCGCCGCCGCGCGUCAACGCCCGAAGACCUGCGCCACACCGAAGCGCGCUCGGAGCGCAUCGACUGGAGCAAGAUGGUCGGAAAGCAGACGCUGACUUCUGCUGCGGCGGCGGUCGGCAAGCGGGGGAAGGGCGCGGGCGCGUAUUGCGCUGCGUGCGAUCUGACGUUUAAAGAUAAUAUUCAGUACAUUGAACACUUGAAUAGCAAACAGCAUCUUGUAGCUACAGGGCAGAGCGGGGAGGUGAAGAGGGCGACGCUGGAGGAUGUCAGAGAGCGGUUGCGGUACUUGAAACGCAAAGCGGACGAGGCGAAGCGAGAUGAGGUCGUCGACGUGGAUGCGCGGUUGGCGCUGGGGAGGGAGAAGAUGGAGGCAGAGGCUGAGGAGAGGCGGCGGAAGAGGAACGAGAAGAGGCGGGCGAAGAAGAAGGGGGAUGAUAACGCUAUGCAGUGGACGGGCGUGGGAGAUGGGGUCAUUGCUUGA